CCAGAAACUACAGCGUGAGACGGAGGACCUUCCACACCUGGAGGAGCUCAGCCAUGGAGGAGAUGCUCACCUGCAGCCGGAGCCCUUUCUCCCAGGUGUUCGGGCGUCAGGGUCAGCUCAUGCAAGCCACUGUGCAGUCUCUGAACAGCCUGAACGACCAGAUUGCCAACUUCAUGGUGACUGGACCCAAGCCCCUGGAGCAGGAGGAGCCUCCAUUUCCUCCUCCUGAGAAAGAGACGAUGCAGAAGUCCAUGACCCUGAUGAGGCACCUUCUCGUGGACGCUCAGGCAAAAAUCCUGAAAAUGAUGGAUGACAACAAGCAGCUGGCCCAGCGCAUCGAUGGGGCCAUCCAGUCUGCCAGCCAGGAGGUGACCAACCUGCGGUCAGAGCUGAGCGCCACCAGCCGCAGACUGGCCGAGCUGGGAGCGACGGACUCCUCCAGCAGCGUGCUGGAGACCCUGCAGCACAACCACAACGAUCCCUCUCCUCAUGCGAGGCAGAAACCGCCGGCCACUGACCUCCCAUACAAGACUGAAAUCAGCAGUCUCAUGGACUUCAACUCUCCUGAUGCAUCGUUGGACAAAGUUCUGCUGCGUGAGGAGGUGGCCCAGCUCCAGGAGGAGGUGCACCUGCUGCGGCAGAUGAAGGACAUGUUGAGUAAGGACCUGGAGGAGACCCAGGGAGGCUGCUCGGCCGACGUGCUCUCUGCCACCGAACUUCGUGUGCAGCUGGCCCAGAAGGAGCAGGAGCUGGACCGAGCCAAGGAAGCUCUGCAAGCCAUGAAGUCGGACCGGAAGCGUCUGAAGGCAGAGAAGGCAGACCUGGUGAACCAGAUGCAGCAGCUUUAUGCCACGCUGGAGAGCCGAGAGGAGCAGCUCCGUGAUUUCAUACGCAACUAUGAGCAGCACAGAAAAGAGAGCGAGGAUGCAGUGAAGGCCCUGGCCAAGGAGAAAGACCUCCUGGAGAGGGAGAAGUGGGACCUGCGACGGCAAACCAAGGAAGCCACGGAGCACACGGGGAUGCUGCGCUCUCAGCUCGACCUCAAGGAGAACCGCAUCAAGGAGCUGGAGGCUGAGCUGGCCAUGGCCAAACAGUCACUAGCCACCCUGACCAAGGACGUGCCCAAGCGGCACUCGCUGGCCAUGCCGACGGAGGCGGUCGUCAACGGCAACAACCAGGAGUGGGUGAUGCAGGCUGACCUUCCGCUGACCGCCGCCAUCAGACAGAGUCAGCAGACCCUCUACGUCCACACGGGGCAUCCCGCCGACAGACAGGUGGCUGCCGUGCGGGUGAGCCCGUGCCACUCGCGUCAGCCUUCCAUCAUCUCCGACGCCUCUGCUGUGGAGGGAGACCGGUCAUCCACACCCAGCGACAUCAACUCACCACGCCAUCGGACUCACUCCCUUUGCAAUUCCCUAGAAGAUCUGGAGGAGGCGAAGCGUAAGAAGAAGAAAGAGAAGAUGGGGCUGGGCUCUCUGUCGCGUGUCUUCGCCCGAGGAAAGCAGCGCAAGUCCCUCGACCCUGGUUUGUUUGAUGGUACUUCAACACCUGAUUAUUACAUAGAGGAGGAUGCAGACUGGUAAAGCACACAUGUCCGAGUCAACCACCUGGAGAGCCUUUUGUGGCAAUUAUCAGAAGACGACAUUGUGUUGAAGUGCGCAUGGAUGAGAGGAUGGGUGUGUGUUCGAUGUCAGCGUGUACAGAUACUGUAUAAUAUCGUGUGUGCCUGUGAAGUCUCACAUGCAUGCAUACCGAAGUGUGUAUGCGUGUGAGAGCGUGUGCAUGUGUGUCAUCCAUGGUCAGAGGCCAUGUCAGAAGCCGGAGGCGCAUCUUGCUUCGCUGAAGUGUAAACCUUAACGAGCAAAUUGCACCUGCAUGUAUGUACAGACGUGUAAAUAGCGUGGAGAGUGUAACACAGCGACACCGUGGACAUGUUCUAUUGUAUCCGCCCUCCAAAACAGCUGUGUUAUCGGAUCUUUUAAUUGUUCUUUACAUUUUGACUUUUUGUUUUCACUCAACUGGAAACUUGAAGGACUGCUGUACUUGUAAAUAACAACAGUUGAUGUGCACUUUGUGCGUGUAAAUGUCUCCUUGUCCUGAAUGCCUUUUGUUAUUUUUGACAUGUACUCCCCCCCUCCUCUCACUACCUUUUAACUUAAAACUCCUCCCUGUUUAUUGUCCUGCUUGGUCCAUCCCCUUCUUCCACACUGCCACGAUGAGAACACUUUCCUGUAGGCAACAUGCAGACUCCUCAAAUCCACUCAACACAAUUCGGUUGUCGGUUAACACAUCCCUCAACCGCCAAAAAAAAAAAAAAAAAAUCUGUGCUGAAGCACUCCUUGAUGUUGACUCAAAGAGACUUCAAAGAAGCUGCUGAGCGAGGACUGAACCUUCCAUGUUGUUCCACAGCAUCAUGACGCCAAACAGGAAAUGUCAGAAAUGUGUUUUCUAUCUUCUCAGAUAGAAGGUACAUGCCUAAGGUACAUGUGUGACAUGCAUGCACAUAGUCCCAGUCCCCGAAUGCAUGUUCAGCUAAAGCCUUCUAAAAGAGAAAUGUCUUUCCCUGGGUAUGUUGUCAAGAAGGUGAGAGACUGUCUGUUGGGAGCACCAACAAAAAGAGAGGUCAGUUACUGAUUUCAUGAUGUUUGUUCAUGAUUUCCUCCAUUUUAAAUGAAAUGAUUCAAUUUGCAAACUUGACCCUCUGUAGAAAGAGCUCUGAUUAAUGUUUAAGAGCUGAACAUCCCAAACUGAACACAGUUUAGUUUAAUUCUGCACCUACAAGACUCUUUAUGCAGCAUUACAUUCGAUAUCGUAAAGGUCAGCAAAGUCACCAAACCCAGCACUGCAUUUUGAAUCUUUAAUUAUUCCGCUUAUUCAUGAGGCUUUGUGACAUUUCCUCUCUGCAGGAUGUCACAGCUGCUCAUAGCUGUGGUUAAAACAGCACCGUACUGGGAGUAGGAUUCAAAGUUAGUCUGAACAUCAGUUAUUCUCACAGAGCACAUUUCAGCCUGAUGGUCAAGGCUUUUAAAGACGCCUUGAAUUAAGGUUGUUUUACCAGAUAACCAAACUUCAAUUAAGAGGUGCAGACUACUCUAACAUGCCCGAGUGCCAACUUUGAAGGUUAAAAAUCCGAAUUUAAGCGCGCUAAUCAAGCAAAUCCAUAACUUCUCCCGUGACCCUGAGAACUCACGGAGAGAAUUCUGAUGCAGAGUUCAGGACAUCGCUGAAUGAAAGCAAUUAACUUCGUGCUAAAGGUUAAUAGCAUUUCUUUUUUCAAGCACAAGACAUUGGAAUUUUUUCAGCCGUUCACUGGAUUGAGUCGGAGUCUGCACGAACCCCCCCAGGAAAUCUUCUCUCUCCCCGAUAUUAAACUAACGCUGGGUAUUUGUCGGCCUCACCUGAAACACUAUAGAGUUCCAGAUUACAUUGGAGCUGUAUUUAACCGCAACGCUUGCCAAAGGAGCACCCAUGUGAGCAGCGAGGAGAUUAUCUCUUAACCUUUAGCACAGCCUACGUUUAGGCUCACGGACUUAAUCACGACGGUAAUUCAAAUAUGAGUCACCAUGCAUUAAACUGUACAGAAACAACAGCUCAACCAGCUUAUUUCAUCAGACAUUCAGAGGAAGAUGUAAGAAAAUCUAGGCUAUUUUUUAUUUUUUUCAUUUAAUCAACUUUUUUGAUCCUCUGCUGAUGGUGGAGAUAACAUAUCAAAUGAAAAAUAUUGUAUCACUUUAUGUUUGGAGCCACGGUCUCUCUCUGUUUUUUUUUAUUAUUAUUAUUAUUUUUCCGCAGAUGUUUUCUUUUUGUAAAUGAGAUAACAUUACAGAAAUUAAAUUAAUAUUAUUAUGAAAAGAGUUUUAUUUAAAGUUCAAAAGAUGUAGGCCUCAGUUGAGGACUUCUAUUCUGAAGCCCUGAGAUGUUUUAGAAGAAGUGGAUAGUAGCAAACUUUUAAAGGCAUGGCAACAAAGUUACGCUCAACAGAACUAAAUGAGAAAAUUAAGAAUUAUUUUGAAAUAAAAUAAAUAACGCUGAA